AUGAUCUAAUAGAAUCGUUACGAAAUCAUUAUUAAACCUCAAGAAAUACGAUUUGAAGUAGAGCUCGAUGUGACUGUAAAAGUAAAGGAUGUUUUCGAAGAGUUCAAAAAUUUGCCUAAUGUUUAAGGAGUAGAUGUUAACAAUUGGACUUGCUUUUCUGUUUAAAGAAAAAAGUAUCUUUAAAUUGAUGAAGAGAUUGGAAAUUUUUAAAGGGAAAUUUUAGAAAUUAAUACUUAACCCUAGCAACUAUAGUAAUCUUAGUCACCUCAAGUAAUAGAAAAUAUUAAUGUAAAAAUUGUGAUCAAAGAUGGAGCUAUCGAUAGAAUGUUGGAUGCUGUCUUCAAAACCAAUAAUACUUUAGAUGAUGUAGCUAAUACUGUUUAAUAGUAUUGUGCACUUGAAAUAGAUAAUAAGACAACAGCUAUUGAUAUAUUUAUUUUUGGGUAACCCUAUAACGAUAAAGUUAAAAGAGGAAAGCCAAUGUCAGAUUUAUAACUCAAAGACAAUUUAACUAUAGACGCCAAAAUUAGAUGGAUAGGAGGUUGA